CCGUCGCAACGGCCGGCACGACAUUCUUUUUCUUCUUCUUAACCCUUCGCAAUUUGCUCACAAACCCCUCCAGAUCGCUACGCACACUGCCGACCGUUAAAUUCUUUCUCCUCCUCCUACUUCUUCUCCAGUCAUGCCAUGGCCUCGAAGCUACUCCAACUCGCACCUCACGAAGCAGAGAACCAUCUCGAGCUCUCUCUCCGUCAAGCCUUCCAGCUCCUCGAGCCCAAGCUCAGACCGCCCUUCCCUCUCAAGAUCCUAACCUCAGACGAAUGCCCCGAUCUCACUCGCGCCAUCCUCUAUGGAGCUCUCACCGAGACCCAUCUCGCCAAAACUCACAUCAAGCACUUGCACGCCACCGUCUCCGACGGGUACGUACUCUUCGUGAAUCUGCUGGCUCGAAUUGUCAAUGAGUUGUACGAUAAGCUCGCCGAGACGGCCAAAACUCAGGUCCUGUGGGCUGCUGGCGAGAUGGUUGAUGUUUCUGCAGUGGGGUUUAGUGGAUUGCUGGUCUCAUUGUUGAGGCAAAUAGUCGGGGGCGAUUUUGGCAGUGGGAAUCUGUGGUUGUGUUUCGAGAUGGUGAGCCUGUUUUUGGGUAAAUGGGACUGCUUGCUGGAAGAGGAUCCGUUGAUUUUGACUAGUGCGUUGUAUAACUUUCUGAGGUUAUUAGCUGACCAUUGUAGGGCGACUGUUGAUUCAAGACUGGAUGCGCUGAAGAGGUUGGAAAUUGAGUUUUGUGUUAAGAUGUUGAGAGAGCAGUUUGGUUUGUGUUUGAAGUUUGGGAGGGAUUUAAUACGGUUGUUGCAAGACUUGGUCCAUGUGCCCGAGUUUCGAGCAAUAUGGAGGGAUUUGGUUUCGAACCCAAGAGAGUUUGGGGUCGCUGGAUUCUUGGAUGUUGCGCAGAUAUAUUCCAUGAGGACUUCGAGUCGUUAUUUCUCGCUUCGACUUACCCCAGAGGCAGAAACGCAAUUAAGGUUUAUGCUCACACACGUGAAGUUUGGGAACCAAAAGCGGCAUCAAACCUGGUUUGCCAGCAAGUUUUUUUGCUCUCCGGAGAGAGAGACUCUUAUAGUUGAUAUUGUUCGCUUCAUAUGUUGUGCGCACUACCCACCUAGAGAAAUCAUUCAUUCUAAUACUAUCCCGAGGUGGGCUGUCAUUGGUUGGCUUCUGAAGUCUUGCAGGAAAAAUUAUGUGGAAGCCAAUGCAAAGUUGGCCUUAUUUUAUGAUUGGCUUUUCUUUGAUGAAAGAGUGGAUAAAGUUAAGAACAUCGAACCAGCAUUGUCGUUAAUGGUUCAUUCUAUACCUCAUUACAUUGAACUAACACAUGCUCUUCUUGAAUUUUUGUUUCUUCUUGUGGAUAACUAUGACAUGGAACAGAAGGAUAUGAUAGCUAACAGAGUUUCUUCAUCUUUUACUCUGCUCAUUAACCAAGGAUUGAGCCGCAAUCUUGAAAAUUUGACAUCAGGUGAAAUAAUUCCUCCACCUCUGAAGGAGAAGCUUAGGUGUUUCUUAUCAGAUACGAGAGUUGGGACUGCUCAAGAAAUACAACCAUCUAAAACUCUUGGUCAUUUAAUUCCCAUGGAGGUCGGAACAGCUUUGCCAGAGGAACACCUUACCGAUGUCUAGAAAGAUGAAGUUGGGGCCAAGUCGGUUGAUACUUCUGCUUCCUUUCCUUCUAGAUUAUUGACCGACACUUCAGAAAUCCAAGAGAAUGAUAUCCAAAAAUUGGUCGAAGGUCUCAGCAAAGCAAUUAAGAGCUCAAAUGCAUCAAGUCUUCAGGCUUUAGAGCAAUUCCUCGAUUUGUAUAUGGAUGUUGGCAGUGACUUGUCCACGCAUUGUUCAACAUCUCCUGAGGUUUUAUCUUCAACUAAAGCGAGGGAACUAGAGUUGAAUGGAUACAAACUCUUUGCACCUCUUGAGCACCCACAAUAUGAUCUUGAUGUUGGUGAAUGCGAGUCUCCCACAACCUUAAUUAUUCGGAAAUAUCUCUCUUCUAAGAACGAAAGGUUAGUUCAACUGCUUUUGUUUUGGUCGAUGAAUGGUUUUCCUGUGGGAGCACACCUUCUAUAUUACGCAUCAAGACUAGCUUAUGAGGCAGACGUGGCAAAUCAUAUGAUUCAUGAACUCUCGGGAGAUAGUCUUCACAAGUUGAUCAACACCCGGGUGCCAUUCCUGAUGGGUCACAUUGAUCGUUAUCUUGCCUUUUCAGAUAAAAGGCGGGAGAACUUUCCUGAACCAGUUUUAGCUGCAGCUGUUUUAGACAGAGAGUUAGCUGUUACAGUGGUACAGGAUGCUUUUUUUGCUUAUAGACAUUACCUUUUACAUCUAACGACCAUCUUACCUGAAGAAGCUGAUAGAACUCUCCCAGAGCUUCUUGUUUUUGAUUUGGCGUCAUGCUCAGAGUGGAAGGAGGUAAAAUGGAAGCUUUUGUUCCACAGUGUCUUUUCUCAGCUUUCUGAUUUAUCCAUUGGCAAGGAGCAUGCUAUCAGAUUACUUGUGAGUCACUUGAAUGAUGGCGAUAUUGUCAAUAUAAAGUUUGAGAUUGGGCUAAAGAAGCUAUCCAUACUGGGGGAGAAUGUGGAAACUGUUCUUGGUUUGAUCCAAAGCUCCCUUCACUGGGGAGCUGAUGAGCAACAUAAGUUCUGGAGUCUGAUUAGGCUGGAACUUGUGGGUUCUCAGUUUCAAUUGGAGAAGUUGAUCUUAAAAUUCUUUUGCUCAGGCGAAAUAGAUGCAUGUAAGAGUGCUAUUGCAGUGGGAGGCCUUUUAGAUUUGUGCUGCUCUCGAUUACCUACAUCCGAGCUUGUUGGGGCAAUCUUGCUGUUACCCAAUAAUGUGUUUCAUAACUUUUCUGCUGCCGUCCUCCAAAUGUGGGCCGUGUCUCAUGCUUCAAAGCUAUUUACUAGCUUAGCUGAGUUCUCUGAGAAAGUCGAAAGCAUCGACAGAGAGUCUAUUUUCUCUGAAUCUGCUGAGCUUACAAUCAACAAUUCUGCAGUUUUAUGGUUGUCCAAUUAUUUUGAUGCCCAAGGCUUGAGCAGGUCCAAUAUUUUUGGCUGCUUUCCUCAGAACGCUCGCGAAGAAAAGCAUAUGGUCUCAUGACACAAAGCUAAUUGGUUGCACUAAAGAUUUCGCAUAUCGACAAAAAUAGAAUAGUCGGCAUGCAAUGGUGUAGCUUUAAACUGGUGAAACGCAUUAAAAUGACCUUGAUAUUUCCUGCUGGAAUGGUCUGGAAUAUCCAAAACCACAGAGUUGUUAUAUCGAUCUCAAGGAAAGAGUAUGAGUCCUUGAAAUUGGUGCAGAACACGUUCUCUCCAGACGUCAACCACAGGGUAGAACAUGAGUAAUUUCUCAUGUAUGCUGGAGUCAGUGUGGCUGUCUUGAGAUUUACUGGGAAGGAAAAGGUUAGCACUGGGAGAGUUUCAACUGGACGAGUAGCAGCUAGGAUUUUUAUCUUUUGGGUGAGUGAAGAGGUGACUAGGUUUUAUUGUGAUACUUGUUGCUGGAGAUUGACUUUACACCUUUUGGGUAUG